CGACAAAAGAUACAACAAAGAUUAGACUAGUAGCAGAUCGUUGUUGGUCUUUAGACGAUAUUAGUUUAAUAGAUGUGAAAGAUGCUGAUGGGUUUAUGAAUUUUAUCAAAAUCUUGAAACAUCCAACGGAUCAAUUUAUUUUUCAAAGUAGUACUGCUGAAGAAAAGAAAAAUUUGAUUAACAUGACUAAACGUGCUACGGAUGAGAUGAUGUCAGCUAAAGCUGCAAGGCAUGCCGAACUUUCAUUUAAUGACUUGCGUGAAAUCGAGGAUUUGGCAGACCAAUUAGUUGUAUACAUUGCUACAAAAGAAUUUGAUGAAGCUGUAGAAAGUAUUGAAAAAGCUAAAGCAGCAUUAACUAAUAUAUCUGCCGAUGCUACUAAAUUGGACUCUAUCCGAGUAAAAAUGGAGGAUAGAGUGGUGAGACUUUCAUAUGCAAUUAGUCGAGAUUUGACUAACCCUAAUGUGAAAAAGACUCAAGUACAAAAAUGUGUAAAAUGGUUAUUACGCCUUGGCUAUGGUGAACAAUUACGAGAAGUCGGUUUAGACCUUAAAUUUUUAUUAGAUACUCUUUUACAACUUGAUGGUUCUGCAAUAAAUCAUAGUGGUGUAUCAGAGGCUGCAAAUAAUUCUAAUGAUCUUUCAGGACUAACAGAAGAGGAAGAAGAUUUAUUGGACUCUUAUGGGGCAUAA